GCACUUUGAGUAAUCAGUUUGUGAGUAGAGUUCGUGACGAUCGCACAUCAACGCUGUGCACGUCGGAUGGUUUCUAAAAACUAAAAGAAAAAUAAAAAAAAAAAAUUCACAUUAUAUAUAUGUAUAUAUGCAACGGUGUAUAUAUUUACAUAGAAUAAAGUGCAAAAAAUACGAAAAAUUAAAAUUUUUAAAAAUAAAAAUUUAAAGUGCAAAGUGCUCUCUACUCAAAGUAUUAUAAAUAAAUAUAAACAAAGUUGGCGAAAGCAAAAAAUGUGAAACGACCAACUCAACGAAUUUAUUUAAACGCUUACAAGUUCGUUUCGUAUCGCCACAGACAACACUUGGAUUACGGGUUUCCGGUUGCGCGGCUUAUUAAAUAAACAAUUUUUUAAUUGAAAAAAAAAAUUACAUAAAAAUUUUUUAAACAAAAUACAACAACAAUAAUGCAGUGCAGUGGGCAAAAGUGCGUGCUGGCACAAAACUAGUGCAGAAAGUUGAAAAAUUUUUUUUUUCUUACAACAAAAAAAAACGCAUAAAUGUUGACUAAAAUGCGCAAAUUAAAGAAGUAACGUUAUUUACGCCACAAACAUAAGCAACAACGUAGUAAAGUGUGCGCGUGUGUGCAAUUAUUUGGUGUGUAUUUUGUGCAACAACACAAAAAGUGCGCAAAUUAAAGAAAAAUAAUCUUAAAAAAUUUCUAAAAUAUCAACACAAAAUUCCACAACAACAACAACACAAUGUCCACCAAAAUGACACUCAUCUCGAAAACCAUACUCUCCGUGCUCAUCACCGUCAUCAUACCGGUGCUCGGCGCGGCACUUAGCAAAACAGUGCUCUAUCAGGCGCCCGACGAGUGUCGCUGGUCCGGCACCAGCGAAACGGACAUCACGCUCGUCUGUCAUCUGCGCACCAUCAACUCCGAGCUGGAGAACACGAAUUUCAGCGUGAUACAACCACAGAAUACGAUACGUCUGCGUCUGGAGUGCAAUGAUGCGCUCUUCUUCCAGAGCAGCCUCAGUCCGGACUCGUUUCGUUCGUUAGUCGAGCUGCGCGCGCUAACCAUUGAAUACUGCAAACUUGGCAAUAUUACGGAGGGUUCAUUCCGUGGUUUGCAGGAUUUGCGUAAUCUCACCAUACGCACGCAUAACGGUGACUGGUCGACCAUGUCGCUAGAUAUAGCGAGCAGCAGUUUUAGCGAAUUUCGCCAAUUGGAUCGUUUGGAUUUGAGUUUGAAUAAUAUCUGGUUGAUACCGGACGGCAUGGUGUGCCCGUUGAAAGUGUUGACACAUCUCAAUAUUUCGCAUAAUGAAAUACAAGAUAUUGGCAAUUUCCACUUUAGCGCCGCGUUGAGCUCACGCAAGUCACGCAUUUGCGGCACAUCGCUGACGCAUAUCGAUUUGAGCGCUAAUAAGAUUGCCAACCUGCCAUCGGCGAUCUUCUCCGGUUUGGGACGCUUGAGUAAUUUGAAUUUAGCGCGUAACGGCAUGAAUUUCAUAGCGGAUCGCGCUUUCGAGGGUUUGGUGUCGCUGUCGAUUGUCAAUUUGUCUGGCAAUCGUUUGACCUCACUGCCGCCAGAGCUCUUCGCAGAGGCGAAAUAUGUGAAGGAGAUCUAUCUGAAGAAUAACAGUAUUAAUGUGUUGGCGCCCGGACUAUUCAGCGAGCUAGCUGAUUUGCUCGUCUUGGAUUUGUCAGCGAAUGAGCUGAACUCACAGUGGGUUAAUGCCGCCACUUUUGUGGGCUUGAAGCGUUUGGUGUUGCUCGACUUGUCAGCGAAUAAGAUCAGCAAGCUGGAGGCGAGCAUCUUUCGUUCGCUCAGCUCGUUGCAGAUUUUGAAACUCGAGGAGAACUACAUCGAUCACAUACCAGAUGGCGCCUUCGCCGAUCUUGCCAACUUGCAUACAUUGAUCUUGUCCAAUAAUCGCAUCUCCAUGCUGGGACCGCACACAUUGCGUGGUCUCUACGGCAUACUCGUGCUGAGUCUCGACUACAAUGCCAUUACAAAAAUAGACACGCAAGCGUUGCGCAAUUGCUCGAGCAUACAGGAUCUGCAUUUGAAUGGCAAUAAGCUGAAGACCAUACCGGAUGCGUUGAGCGCUGUGCCACUGCUGAAAACACUCGACAUUGGCGAAAAUCAAAUUAAGAAUAUCGAAAAUACCAGCGUUUCGGCUAUGGCCAACUUGUAUGGCUUGCGUUUAACAGAGAAUGCCAUUGAGUUUAUACGACGCGGUGUCUUCGAUCGCAUGUCAUCGCUGCAGAUACUAAAUUUGUCCGGUAAUAAAAUCAAAGGCAUCGAAGCUGGUGCGCUACACCGCAAUACACAGCUGCAGGCCAUACGUUUGGAUGGUAAUCACUUAAAGAGCAUCGAUGGGCUAUUCACCGAAUUACCAAAUUUGGUGUGGCUUAACAUUUCGGAUAAUCGCUUGGAGAAGUUCGACUACUCGCACAUACCGACCGGUUUGCAGUGGCUAGAUGUGCGUGCCAAUCGCAUCACACAGCUAGGCAAUUAUUUCGAAAUCGAAAAUGAGCUCAGUCUGAGCACAUUCGAUGCCAGCUCGAAUAUGUUAAGCGAGAUUACGGCAAGUUCGAUACCGAAUAGCGUGGAAGUGCUGUACUUAAAUGAUAAUUUGAUCAGCAAAAUACAACCGUAUACAUUCUUUAAGAAACCCAAUCUUACGCGCGUCGACCUCAUACGCAACCGCCUCACCACGUUGGAGCCGAACGCUUUACGCCUAUCGCCCAUACCCGACGACAAGGACAUACCCGAAUUCUACAUUGGUCACAAUCCGUUCGAAUGCGAUUGCAAUCUCGAUUGGCUGCAGAAGGUCAACAGCGAGUCACGCACGCAACCGCAACUCAUGGAUCUCGAUCAGAUCUACUGUAAGUUGUCGUAUGCGCGCGGCAAGACGCACGUGCCGCUAAUCGAGGCUAAAUCGAAUGAGUUCCUCUGCAAAUACGAGGCGCACUGCUUUGCGUUGUGCCACUGCUGCGACUUCUAUGCAUGCGAUUGUAAAAUGGAGUGCCCGGAUCGUUGUUCCUGCUAUCACGAUCAAUCGUGGACAUCGAAUGUGGUGGACUGCUCGCGUUCCGCCUACGAUCGCACGCUGCCUUCGCACAUACCCAUGGAUGCGACGCAACUGUAUUUGGAUGGCAAUAACUUCCGCGAACUCUCCAGCCACGCAUUUAUCGGACGCAAGCGCCUAAAGGUGCUGCAUUUGAAUCACUCGCGCAUUGAAAUCGUGCACAAUCGUACAUUCUACGGGCUACUCGAACUCGAAGUGCUGCAGUUGAAUCACAACAAUUUGCGUCAGCUGAAUGGUAAUGAAUUCCAGGGACUUGACAAUCUGCAGGAAUUAUAUUUGCAACAUAAUGCCAUCGCCACCAUUGAUACGCUUACCUUCACGCACCUCUACCACCUGAAAAUACUGCGUCUAGAUCAUAAUGCCAUCACUGAGUUCGCUGUGUGGAAUUUCCUGCCCUCGUAUCUGAAUGAGCUGCGUCUGGCUGGUAAUCCGUGGUCUUGCAAUUGUGAGUUUAUCGAUAAGUUACGCGACUACGUCAAUCGGCGUGAAUCUGUGCAAGAUAAAGUGAAGCUGCGUUGCUCUUUGCUCGCCGGCAGCAAUGCUACAACAACCGACAAUAACAAUAACAACGUGUUGAGCGGUCAACAACCGGCUAAUGAGCAGUAUGCCAUCUACUUGAGCGGCGAUCCAUUGCUGGAUGCGCAAACACGCUUCGUCGCCUGCAAUGGUGGCCUGCAAGCGCCACAACAUCAGUCACCUUUGGGCGCUGGCCACUACAACGGCGCUGAUCCCAAUGAUAAUGUGAUCAUCAACGGCAACAUGACCUCGACGAAAAUGAUACUCUCACAGCCACCGAUGCAUGAAUAUGUGCCCAUACUGGUAGCUAUACUGACCAGCUUUGUGUUCGUGAUCAUCUGCACGCUGCUCGUGUUCAUCUUCCGCCAGGAGAUGCGCAUUUGGUGUCACUCACGCUUCGGCAUACGACUCUUCUGCAAUGCGAAUCGCGAUGUGGAUAAGAAUGAACGUGAAAAACUCUUCGAUGCCUUCAUCUCGUACAGCUCGAAGGAUGAAGCUUUCGUCAGCGAAGAUCUUGCGCCUAUGCUGGAGCAGGGAGACACACGUUAUAAGCUCUGCCUGCAUCAUCGCGACUUUCCCGUUGGCGGCUAUAUGGCUGAUGCCAUCGUGCAAGCUAUCGAUACCUCACGCCGCACCAUUAUGGUGCUCUCCGAGAAUUUCAUCAAAUCCGAAUGGUGUCGCUUCGAAUUCAAAUCGGCGCAUCAAUCUGUGUUGCGCGAUCGUCGACGCCGCCUCAUACUGAUCGUGCUCGGCGAGGUGCCACAAAAGGAUAUCGACCCAGAGCUGCGUCUCUAUCUGAAAACCAACACAUACCUGCAGUGGGGUGACAAGCUGUUCUGGGAGAAAUUACGUUUCGCACUCCCCGACGUGCCGAACAAUCAGCGCCGCAUGCGCAAUGCUGGCGUAGGCGGUUGCACCGGUGUAGGCGUACACAUGCCCAUCGCGCAACUGCCACCCAGCCACCAUCAUCAUCAACAUCACAUGUUGUCAGCGGGCGCCGGUAGUGGCGUCGGCGCUGGCGGUAAUAUGUCAACCGGCGCUCAUCACAUGCAUCCGCAUAUGCAUCCACAGGCGGCGCUGCAACAUCAUCAGCUGCAACACGCCAGCUUCCGUUCGCAAAUGCAUCACAACAUCAAUGGCAGUCGUCAGAAUCACAAUCGAAAUAACUCCGCGGCCGCUGCUGCGGCGCAACAACAACAACACCAGCAAGCCGCGAUGCUAAUGGGUGCGCCGGUGCAAUGUGGUCAACUGCCGCUGCCGCCACAACAGUCACAACAGCUGCUGCCGACAGCAGGCGCGCCACCUUCGAGCAUACAACAACAACAGUUGCCGCCACCGCCUUGUCCCAGUCCGCGCAGCAUUACGACGCAAUCAUCAGCGGCGGGCGGCAGCUCGCAGAGUUCCGGUCGUACGAUGGGCGUGCAUAUCUAAGAGAUGGGUGCAAGCAGCUGUAGCAGUGUAGUGUCUAAGUUGUAAGUGAAAACGCGUGUAUGCUUGUGACUGAGAGUUUGUAAAACUAGUGUUGACUUAGUGGGUGAGUUGGUGUGCGGUUUAAAAGUGUUGCAACAAUAUUAAAGUUGAGCGCUUCCAAUUAGCUGGCAGCGGCUGUAGAACAGUGAGUUUUUUGUUAUCAGCUUAUUUCGAGAUUCUAAAAAUCGUUAUACCUCAUAUUACCGCGAUCACUUGCUCACAACAUUCACUAAUCUGCCGCUAGAGACACAUGCAACUUCAAAUUUUUGCCUUUCACAUUUUGAAAUUUCCAUUCAACAGCGAUUUGUAUUCAUUUGCCUAAUUCAGGUCAAACAAAUCUUUGAAACAAAAGUAGCCAGCGCUCUGUCUCUGUGUGUGUGUGUGUGCCUUGAAUGGUAGAGCAACAAUGCUGCGCGCUGAAUGCAACACAGCAUAAUACAUACAAAUAGAAAAUCGAAAAUCUAUUUCUUUACAAACGCUAACGUAUUUUCCAUUAUAUUAAAGACGAAAUAAGCAACAACAAAAGCGAAAAUGUACAACAAAGCAAUGAACGGCAAUAGACGAAAUUCGAUUUGGCAUUGAACAUUUACUUCGUGCAACAUGACUAUUGGCACAUAUUUCUUUGCUGUGCACUUUGUGCUGUUGUUUUUGUGUUUGUUAGUAUUUGUUGUUGUUGUUUUACGAUUAUUUUGUGUGCAUUAUGUUGCAAUGAAAGCAGUUAGUCACGUUAAAGUUGUCGCCUGUUGCGUGGCAGCGACUGCGUGACCGGCGUAGCGGAGCGACAGAUAAAAAUGGCAUUUGUUUAGACUCAAAAAUAACUGUAGUUUUUAUUAGAAUUUUUGGAUUUAAUUAGAAAAAAAUUGUUCAAAAUUUUUUGUUCCAAGUCAAUUCCAAAAAAAAAAAUUUCAAAAAAAAAAAAAUUAAAAAAAAAAAUUUUUUAAUUAAAUUCUCAAAAUUUUGUAUUUUUCCUUAUUUUUUACUAAAUUUUUUGAAAUUUUUUUCUUGCCACAUUUCUAUAAAUUUCGUUAACAGGCGCCUUGAACUACGCUGACUAAUUAAAAACCCAUUCAAAGUGACUGCUGCCACAAGCUUACUUUUGCAAUAAAAACAAAAAAUUGUAGCGCUGCUUGCUCGCUUUUCGGACAUGCGACUUUAACAAGCCAAAAAACGCAACAGUUGUAAGUUGCAACGAGGCGAAAAGCACAAAAAAUCGUAAAAAAAGUCCAAAAAAAGUUCAAAACCCCAAAACGAGCAAGCGAAACGCAUACAAAAGCGUGCAUAUAUUUCGCAAAAGCAGAACAACAACAACAACAGCAAUAACAAAUUGCCUGAGACAAGCUAACCGCAUUAAUAUUAUGUUGGCCAUGGCAAUGUUGCCACAAACAAGUUGCAGCGCCAACGUCGAUACGUAAUGCGAUGAUUGGGAAUGUUAUGCAUAGCGCUUGUUAGUGUUGCUAUUGUUGUUGUUGUUGUUCAUUAUGCACGUUUUACAUUGCAAAGCAGUACCAUGUUGUUGUUGCUGUCGUUGUUUUAUAUCAAGUUGUUUUUCCUACUCACUAGCCAUUAUGAGUUUCCUGUGCUACAGAAAAUUGAUGUUGCAUGCAACAAUCAUAAAAAGGGUACAACAAAAAAUGUACAGCAACAACAACUAACAACAGCAAACAGAAAAGUUCAAUGCAAAAUUGCGACUAAAAAGCAAUAAGCAGAGAAAUAAGCGCACAAGAAGUUAAGUGGACGCGAAGUUGACUACAUAAAAACCGUGGCCGGUUACACAGAAUGGUGUAUAAUAAACUAAAAACAACAACAAAGAAUGGUAACAAAAGCGUACACACACCAGAAAAUAACUAAGAAACAGCGCUGAAAAGGUAGGCAAACAGCUAAAGUGUUCAAGAGAGUGAGAGCGCUAUACAGGUAAUGAAUGAGAGCGAUAGAGAGUGGGGAGCAAACUCACGCGUCUGAACGCCAGUUAGUCGCUACGACAGUAGACAGGCCAACACAGACAGCCAGCUGCAAACGAUCAGCGACACAGUGUUGCUUAGGUAGAAGAAAAAGUAGACGGCCAAGUGCAACGACGAACAUUGCUUGAGCCAAAACACUUGAUGCCAUGCUGAAAUGUGCUAUUGGAAGAUCCAUCAGAGAUCAUGAGGUAGGCAAAAAAAAAAUGUGCGAAGCAAAGAGCAAAAUAGACGAACAAAGACUGUAGCACAGAAGGCGAAAGUAGGUGCCACAGGCAGAUAAACACAGAGGGGACUAGGUAGACAGAGAAACAGUAACAUAAAUGUUGUAUGAUAGUGUGUUUAGUGAAGAAAAAGGUACGACAAUAAGUCAAACAGUCAGCCAAAACAACCGAUCCAUACCUCGAUUACAGCUAGCGAGCAAAACAAAUGUGACUUUGGCAUAUAUCGGUUAUUGGCGCACUAACUCGACGGACUACGUCAAUCGCAUUGGUGACUGGCAUUUCGUUGCUUGCAUGAUUUUAAUAUAAUUUCAUUUCAUUUGUUGUUGUUGCUUUCUUGUGGCUCUUAAGGUCCGCUCAACGCGUCAUGCAAGCAUGCGAUUGUGGCAUGCAGAACACAAGAACGUAGUAACUGCAGGACAUUUUUACAUUAUAUAUGAAAUAACUGUAACAAAACGCGCAGUAAUUUAGUUAAAAAUCGAAAGAAAGCAGAAAUCGUACGAAAAAACUGAAUGCAACUGAAAGUUUUUGGGGCAAAAUGCGAAGCAAAGAGUUAAAACAUAGAAAUAUUGUAGUAUUUUGAUGUUAGAAUGUAAAGAAAAACGAUUUUUUAGAGUGCUACUAUUUGCGCACAACACUUUUUAAGCUUUUAGUGAAAGCUCAUAAAAAGCUACUUUUAUUGCGUUAGUUGCACAAAUAGUUACAAAAAUUGUUCGAAAUUGCUUAAAUGUUAUUUAAGUUGAAUGAAAGCUCUUCGAAAAAGUGAAAGCCUAAAAUCGCUGCAAAAAGCUCUUAAGCUUGACAUGAAAGCUCACACUAUCAAGAAAAAACAUUUCAAACUACUAGCUGGCUAUCAAUAAACAAUAAUUUCAUCGAAAAAUUGAUGAAAGCUCUAAAGCUUUGCAUGAAAGUUACUUCACACUUCAUUUCAACACAAAACAAAUAGAAAGCAUUCCAUAUUUUUAUGUAAAGCCAGCAUUAUCAACCGCACACACACCUCACUCCCAACAACAACAACAAAAUAACUGCAUUUAUUGUACUAAAUAAUUUAAAAAUUACCGUUAAUUGUUAAAUAAAUUUAAUUAUCAUAUCUUAUAAGUUUAGUCGAUAGCAACAAAAACAUUGUGAUAUGUAUGUAAAGAGUUAAAAUUAAAAUAAUAUUAUAUAGGCAUAUUUAAAUUGUAAAUUACGAAAAACAAAAGUGGAAACAGCGUUUACUAUUAGUUAUAUAAGAAACAAAAAAUGGCCGAAAUGCCGCUUAGCUUUUAAGCGAAACCAGCAUACUACGUCCUAAAAUUUAAUUUAAUUUUAAAACGAAUCAAAAUGUAGAAAAUAUAUUUCAAUGUAAAAAAAUUAAGAAAAGCUAUAAAAAAUAACAGUAAAAAUGGAAGAACGAAAAUUUUUGUAACCAAAAGUCAUUAAAACACAACUGUAAAUAUUCGUAGUAAUCGAGCAUUGAACGUGUAAAAAACCGUCCGCCGUUGCCUAACAACUUUUUUUUGCAUGUCCUUCUUUAGGCGUACUUAAAUGGCGAAAGCUUUUCUCCUCUACCACAAAUGAAGGCACACACACUUACACGCAUAAUGGCAGUCAUAUGUAGUAUAUAACUGUUUAUAUAAGAUAUAUGCGUGUGUCUCCUUUGUAGUGCGGAAAAGCCAACGCUGCCGGCCAUAUUAUAUAAUAAUAAAUAAAACACAACAACAAAUACAACAUAAUCAACCGACUGUGAGGUAGUGUAGUAAGCAGCGCACAGUUAAAUGCAAUAAAAUAAUGUUACACAAGACAAUAAAGCUUUAUUUGUCCAUGGCUUAGUGCACAGCGUCGCUACAAAAAUUGUUGUUAUUUUAGCGCUCGUGGCUUGCGUGUGUACUCAGCCUUAGGCAUUUGAAGUAAAGC